AUGGCCCAGUGGUUUAAGGCGAUGGACUUAAGAUCCAAUGGACGGGUGGCGGCGUGGCUUCGAGCCCCACUUCUGGCCGGAGGCGGUCCCGGCGGGGGAGGGGGCGGCGCGGGGGCCGGGGCGGAGCUGCACCCCCGCACCGGGAAGCUGGUGAGCCUGUCGUGCGGGAACCGGACGGCGCAGCGGCAGCAGCCGGUGCAGGAGUUCAACCACGGGCUGGUGCUCAGCCGGGACCCGCUGCAGGACGGGCGCGUCUUCACCGUCCGCAUCGACCGCAAGGUGAAUUCAUGGAGCGGGUCCCUGGAGAUCGGGGUGACGGCGCUGGACCCCGAGGUGCUGGAGUUCCCGAGCAGCGCGACGGGGCUGAAGGGCGGCUCGUGGGUGGUGUCGGGCUGCUCGGUGCUGCGGGACGGCCGCUCGGUGCUGGAGGAGUACGGCCAGGACCUGGACCAGCUGGGCGAGGGCGACCGCGUCGGCGUCCAGCGCACGGCCGCCGGCGACCUGCGCCUCUGGGUCAACGGGCGCGACUGCGGGGUGGCCGCCUCGGGCCUGCCCCCGCGGGUCUGGGCCGUCGUCGACCUCUACGGCAAGUGCACCCAGGUCACCGUGGUCUCCUGCGCCGAGCCCCCCGGGACCCCGCCGGAUACCUUGACGGGGACAGCGGAGGAGGGCGCGGCCGGCGACCAGGUCUCCCUGGUGCCCCGGGGCCAGGCCAGGCCUGAGAAAUUCCCCAACAGCCUGGAGGCGGAAUCCGGCUUCUCCGGCAUCGAGCUGUCGGAGGUGGUGAGCAACGCCAUCCUGUCGGCCUACAACGGGGGGCUGCUGAGCGUGAACCUGGGGUCCCCGGGGGCGGAGGGUCCGGCCGGGGCCCCCCCCUCCAACGCGGCGCUGCUCUUCCACGAGAAGUGCGGGACCCUCAUCAAGCUGAGCAACAACAACAAGACGGCCGAGCGGCGCCGGCCCCUCGACGAGUUCAACAACGGCGUCGUCAUGACCAACCGCCCGCUGCGGGACAACGAGAUGUUCGAGAUUCGGAUCGACAAGCUAGUAGACAAGUGGUCGGGGUCGAUCGAGAUCGGGGUCACCACCCACAACCCCGACAGCCUGGAAUAUCCGGCCACCAUGACCAACCUGCGCUCAGGCACCAUUAUGAUGAGCGGCUGUGGGAUCCUCACCAACGGGAAGGGCACCCGCAGAGAAUACUGUGAGUUCAGCCUGGACGAGCUGCAGGAAGGGGAUCACAUCGGGUUGACCCGCAAGGCUAGCUCUGCCCUACACUUCUUCAUCAACGGCGUCGACCAGGGGGUGGCCACGCCCCUCACGCCUCCGGUGGUGUACGGCGUGGUGGACCUGUACGGGAUGGCCGUGAAGGUCACCAUCGUCCACAACCACAACCAGAGCGACCGGCUGCGGCGCAACAACGCCAUCCUGCGGGCCCUGUCCCCCGAGGGGGCCCACCGGCGGACCCCCGGCCUGCCCCCCGAGCCCGACCGCCUCCUCUUCCACCCCAACUGCGGCCAGAAGGCGGCCAUCACGCACGAGGGCCGCACGGCGCUCAGGCCUCACGCCACGGACGACUUCAACCACGGCGUGGUGCUGAGCAGCCGGGCCCUCCGCGACGGAGAGCUGUUCCAAGUGCGCAUCGACAAGAUGGUGGACAAGUGGGCCGGCUCCAUCGAGAUCGGCGUCACCACCCACAACCCCGCCUACCUGCAGCUGCCCUCCACCAUGACCAACCUGCGCUCCGGUACGUGGAUGAUGACGGGCAACGGGGUGAUGCACAAUGGGACGACCAUCCUGGACGAGUAUGGGCACAAUCUGGACCGGCUCAAGGCGGGGGACACGGUGGGGGUCGUGCGCCGGGAGGACGGGACGCUGCAUUUCUUCGUCAACGGGGUGGCCCAGGGCCCGGCCGCCUGGAACGUCCCCCCGGCCGUCUACGCCGUCGUGGACCUCUACGGCCAAGCCGCCCAGGCCACCAUCGUGGACGAUGCGGACCCGCCGCCGCUCCCGGACGACCUGUCGGAGGGCCCGGACCAGCCGUCCCCGAGCUCGCCGUCGUCGGGGGGCGGAGCCAGCGACCUCCGCUUCCACCAGCUGCACGGCAGCAACGCCGUCAUCACCAACGGGGGCCGCACGGCCCUCCGCCACAACUGCCGCAGCGAGUUCAACGACGCCAUCGUCAUCUCCAACCGGGCCCUGCGAGACGGCGAGCUGUUUGAGAUCGUCAUCCAGAAGAUGGUGGAUCGCUGGUCGGGGUCGAUCGAGGCCGGGGUGACGGCCAUCCGACCCGAGGACCUGGAAUUCCCCAACACCAUGACCGACAUCGACUACGACACGUGGAUGCUGAGCGGGACGGCCAUCAUGCAGGACGGGAACACCAUGCGCAACAACUACGGCUGCGACCUGGACUCGCUGGGCACCGGCUCGCGCAUCGGCAUGAUGCGGACGGCCAAGGGCGACCUGCACUACUUCAUCAAUGGUCUGGACCAGGGCGUGGCCUGCUCGGGGCUGCCCCCCGGAAAAGAGGUGUACGCCGUGGUGGACCUGUACGGCCAGUGUGUCCAGGUGUCCAUCACCAGCGCCACCGGCCCCAUGGACAACAGCCUGUCCACCAGCAACGCCACCGACAAGUCCUUCCCCCUGCAGUCCCCCGCGGCGGGCGUGUCCCAUCGUUUCCACAGCAACUGCGGGAAGAACGUGACGUUCCAGGGCGACGGGGGCCGGGCGGUGCGGGCGGCCGGCUACGCCCACGGCCUGGUCUUCAGCAUGAAGGAGCUGCGGACCGACGAGGUCUUCGAGGUGAAGGUGGAGGAGGUGGACGAGCGGUGGGCGGGCUCUUUCCGCCUGGGUCUGACCACCCUGCUGCCCGGGGAGGCGGGGCCCGGGGCGGGCGGCAGUGGGGGGCCGGGGCUGCCCCCGUCCCUGCCCGAGCUCCGGGCCAAGCUGACCUGGACGGUGUCGGGCUGCGAGGUGCGGAGGAACGGCCAGCUCCAGCGGAUGAACUACGGCCGCUCGCUGGACAGGCUGGGGGUCGGGAGCCGGGUGGGGGUGUUCCGGGGGGCGGACGACACGAUGCACGUUCGGCUAAACGGGGAGGACAUGGGCCCCGCUGCCACAGGCAUCGCCAAGAACGUGUGGGCGGUGAUGGACCUCUACGGGCGGGUGUCCAGCGUCUCCAUCGUCAGCUCCUCGUUGGCGGAGGAGCCCGAAGGCACCAAGCCUCCCUCCGUCGCCUCGGAGACCGGGAGCGAGGUGGACGACGAGGAGGAGGACGACGAAGAGGAAGAAGAGGAGCCGGGCUCACCGUGUGCUCCCGAGGUUCCCAGCAUCCCGCCGGCCCUGGAGUUCCUGGAGAACCACGGGAAGAACAUACUUCUGUCAAACGGAAACCUGACGGCCACACGAGUGGCCAGCUACAAUCAGGGUAUCGUGGUCAUCGGUCGGCCCCUCGGCCCCCAGCAGCUCAUCCAGGUGCGCUUGGACUCCCUCAACCGCCAGUGGACGUCCUCCUUGGCCCUGGGGGUCAUCGCCUGCCCCCCCGAGCGCCUCAACUUCCCCGCGUCGGCCUGCGCCCUCAAACGGGCCUCCUGGCUGCUGCGGGGUCACGGGGUCUAUCACAACGGCCUCAAGAUCCGUGAGAACUUCGGGCCGAACCUGGACACGGUGCGGGAGGGGACGGUGCUGGGGCUGCGGCUGGACGGGGCGGGCGGCCUCCACCUCCACCUCAACGGGCUGGACCAGGGCCUGGCCGUCGCCGACCUGCCCCAGCCCUGCCACGUCCUGGUGGACUUGUACGGCCAGUGUGAGCAGGUGACCAUCGUGAGCCCCGAAGCGGGGGCUGUCGGCGGGGAGGGGGCCGGGCCGCAGGGCGACAUGGAGAAGGCCGACGUGGUGGACGGAAUCAAGGAGAGCGUGUGCUGGGCGCCCCCGGCCGACGCGAGCCCCCUGAAGAGCUGCGAGUACCACGCCCUGUGCGCCCGCUUCCAGGAGCUGCUGCUGCUGCCCGAGGGCUACUUCGUCCCGCCCCCGAAGCGCAGCCUGUGCUACUGCGAGUCGUGCCGGCAGCUGCGGGGGGACGAGGCUCACCGGCGCCGCGGGGAGCCCCCCCGAGAGUACGCCCUGCCCUUCGGCUGGUGCCGCUUCAACCUCAGGGUGAACCCGAGGCUCGAGGGAGCGACGCUGAGCAAGAAGUGGCACAUGGCCUAUCACGGGAGCAGCGUGGCCGCCGUGCGCAGGGUGCUGGACCGGGGAGAGCUGGGAGCAGGCAGCGUGUCCAUCCUGAGCUGCCGGCCGGGCAAGGCGGAGCCGGGUGGGGGGUACGAGGAGGCCGCCCCCCCGGGGGAGAACAGCGCCCCGCCCCGGGGACCCGUCCCGCCCCGGGUCCGCCUCUCCCCCUCCCUGCGCUACGCCGGAGCCGAGCCCCGUGCCGCCAAAGUGCAGUUCCGGGACCCAAAGUCCCUGAGGCCUCACACGGCCCAGGUGGCCUUCCAGGUGUGCGUGCGGCCCGGCUCCUACACGGCCGGCCCCCCGCCCGGCCCGGCCGAGCCCCCUCCCGACCCGCGCUUCAGCCUGGCCGAGCUGGAGUGGGUCACCAAGGAGGCCGGCGCCACGCUGCUCUACGGGCUGCUGGUGCGGGUGGAGUGAGCCCCGCGGCGGGGGACGGGGCGGGCCGGGGGCCGGGGCGC